AUGGUGAGUUUGACGAAGGAAGUCGCCAAAGUUGCUAAAACGUCAGGAUGAGAUUAUCUAGGGGUAUAUAAACAAAGGCAUACCUUCUGAUUAUAUAGUAGGCAAAAGUUACCUCUACGGUUUGAUAGUUACUGUAGCUCAAAGUGGUGUAUACUGUCUAUAAGUCAGGUUGUUGUUCAACUACUAAAAAUGCUUUCAUCAAGGACCUUACUUUGUGUUUUAUUGGUACUUUGUGUGGGAGUAGCGGUACUAGAAGCAGCCCCACAUUACGGUGGUUAUUACGGUGAUUACGGUAAGUAAAAAUCUUGUUAGUGUAGUUUUAAACUUUUAAAUUAAAAUAAAAAAAAAUUUUAAAGAAAAAAUAAUAAAAAGUUGUUUUAGGUUUCUACCGUCCUUGGCAUCGCCAUCAUCAUCACCACCAUCAUCAUCAUCAUGGCUGGGGAUACGGUGGUGGGUACGGUGGCGGAUAUGGCUACGGGGGUUACGGUGGCGGCUAUGGUGGCGGAUACGGUGGCGGCUACGGAUAUGGAUCACCAUAUUACGGUGGGUACCGCAGAUAG